GCUAAAUAUGAAUAAAUACCAAAACCUAGGAAUUAUUGACUCAGGAGCCUAUGGAACUGUUUAUAAGGCCAAAGUCAAGGAAACUGAUGAAAUAGUUGCUAUAAAGGAGUUCAAGUCUACCGAUGAUGACGAGACUGUCAGGAAGACAAGCCUAAGAGAGGUUAAAUGUCUCCGAUCAUUGAAACAUCCUAAUAUAAUCCAACUUAAAGAUGCCCUUAAGAAGAAAGGAAGGCUCUACCUUGUAUUUGAGUUCUGUGAUGGAAAUCUUCUGAACCUUAUGGAAGACGAGGCAACAGAUAUUGACCCAGAAGACUUUAAGCAUUAUUUGUACCAGCUCUUGGUCGCGAUCGAGUUUUGCCACCGAAAUGGCAUCAUUCAUAGAGACAUUAAGCCGGAGAACAUUCUUAUGCAGAAAGAAAUUAAGACUCUCAAGUUGUGAGAUUUUGGAUUUGCUAGAAAUAUGCCAAAUAAAGCGAAUGUAAAUUUGACAGAUUAUGUUGCAACCAGAUGGUAUCGGUCACCAGAACUUGUUCUCAAUGCCGGUUAUGGAAAGCCUGCAGAUAUCUGGGCUAUUGGCUGUAUCAUGGGAGAGAUGGCUGAUGGCGAACCCUUGUUUAAUGGUGAUUCAGAAAUUGAUCAGAUGUAUAAAAUACAACAAGUCCUUGGAGAAUUUCCAGAAGAACUAAAUGAAUAUUUUAGCAAAAAUCCUCGGUUCUUGGGUUAUAAAUUCCCAAAUUUGAGAAAACCUGAGACUCUAGAAAAACGCUAUAUCGGAAAGUUGUCAAAAUAAGGCACUAAAUUUGAUGUCUGGAAUGCUCCAGCUGAGACCUGAGGACAGAUUAACUGCAGCUCAGGCUAUUAUGCAUCCAUUUUUUAAUGAAAUCCGUGAUCCAGAGUUAGAAUCCAUUCUAAAGUCAAAGACAAAAUCGGGCUCUAAAACUCACCUUAGAGUCAACAAUCAUAAGGAUAAAUUUAUGAAGAGGCUUAAGAAUAAGAACUCAUUAAGUCCAGGAGAGGGUGGCUCAAAAGAAGUGUCAAAACCUAGAGCUAACCGUUUCUCUGAUGUUAAUAUGAAAUAUCACAAAGAAAUUCCGUUAAAAUCCUCAAGUAAGGGGCCGAGUCAGAAGAAGAUUCAUGGGAAGCCUCCUAUUAACUUCAAGGACGGCAGGAAAUAUCGAAAUCAGAGUCCUAAAGAUGAGUAUCUGCCUUCUGGGAGUAGCAAGAUAAUGCCUUCUAAUUUUUCAAACUUUUAUAUUCCCUUCUCUUCCGACAACCCUGGAGGUGACCAAUAUGGCUAUGACAUCAAUAUUGAUGAGAAAUCAUGAGAAAAAGAAGAGACUAAGAUAUCUAUAAUUCCUUCUCAGAGAAGAGAUUUUUCAGAAGAUAAUGAAGAAGAUGAAAUAGCCGUUGUGGUCGAUGAUUAUAAGUCAACAAGCAGAUCUCCUAUGAAGACUAAAUUCUCUCCUGAGAGGUAUAAUAACGGGAGUUUUAGCCAAGCAAAUGUUAAUAUAAUGAAUCCUUCCUCUAUUGGAAGCGUCCCUGCAGCGCAAAUUUAUCCAACUUAUGAAGCCAGAAUGCCCUAUGGGAACAACAGAAAGAAAGAAUCGAUUCUUGUUGAUUCAGAUGAUUUAGAAGAAUCUAAUAACCCAUAUGUUCACCAAACAAAGACCAGGAGUAAGAAAAGAAGUAAACCUCGGGCUUCACGAUUCAAUGACAUACAUGGGCCUCAAAUCAUUAGAAAUAGCAACACUAGAGAAGACAUGAGCGGCCAAAGAAAUAGUUCAGUAAGGAAGAGCAUCAAGAAGCCCCCUCUAGCAAACUCCAAAUUCAACACUCCAGGUAUUGCAAUGUACACUUUCGAGCAGAACCAUGAUGAGAACCAAUACAAUUACCAAAUCCCAGACGACCAGGAUUAACCCUCAUACCUUUCUGCA